CCCACAAGAUAAUACUUGACAGCUCUGCUUUACUUUCACAGCAAGAAGGCAGCUGAUCAAGUGCGAAAUACAUCUAUAUAUUGUCUAGUAAUAAGGAACACAGGAAGCAAAUUGUAAUAAUGAGGAACAGUAGUCAAAUUUUUUGACUUUGAUCUGUUGAGGCAUGUUGGAGGAACAAAGUAUAUAUUAAAUUCUUCUGUCUCCCCGUCACACUUUAUAACAUACAUCAAGAUGAUGAGAGGAUCACACACACGAGAGCUUAUCUUAAUCUUUCUUGCAGACUAGCAGACAAGAGAAAUGCUUAGGGGCAGAGUGUUACAUGUUAUCUAUAUAGAAACAUCACUGGAAUAAUUAUACCGUUAUGCCUGACUGCUUUCCAUAGCGUAUUAAGAAAGCCAGGACCUGAAGGAUCGUUUGGUGCAGUUAAGUCUCAGCGAGGGUACACGACGAUGGGGGAAUGGACAAUCUUAGAGAGACUAUUGGAGGCUGCUGUCCAGCAGCACUCUACCAUGAUAGGAAGGAUUCUGUUGACCGUGGUUGUAAUCUUCCGAAUCCUUAUUGUGGCAAUCGUUGGAGAAACAGUCUACGAUGAUGAGCAAACUAUGUUUGUCUGCAACACCCUGCAACCGGGAUGUAACCAGGCGUGCUAUGAUAAAGCAUUUCCAAUCUCCCAUAUAAGGUACUGGGUUUUCCAAAUUAUUAUGGUGUGCACCCCAAGCCUCUGUUUUAUAACAUAUUCUGUCCACCAGUCUGCCAAACAAAAAGAAAGGAGGUGCUCAUCCGUGUUUUUAACCUUGGACAGAGACCAUGACACAAUAAAGCGCGAAGAUAACAGGAAAAUUAAGAACAUCGUUGUCAAUGGAAUCCUUCAGAACACCGAAAAUUCAACAAAAGAAAAUGAGCCUGACUGCUUAGACGUCAAAGAAAUUCCAAACUCAUCUAUAAGGACUACCAAGUCCAAGAUAAAAAGACAAGAAGGGAUUUCUCGAUUUUACAUUAUCCAAGUUGUUUUCAGAAACGCACUGGAAAUAGGAUUCCUGGUAGGACAAUAUUUUCUUUAUGGAUUCAACGUCCCAUCUAUGUAUGAGUGCGACAGGUACCCUUGUAUUAAGGAGGUGGAAUGCUACGUUUCCAGGCCAACAGAAAAGACUGUUUUCUUGGUGUUCAUGUUUGCAGUCAGCGGACUUUGUGUGAUUUUAAAUUUGGCAGAACUGAAUCAUCUGGGAUGGAGGAAAAUCAAAACAGCUGUUAGAGGUGUGCAGGCUAGAAGGAAAUCCAUAUAUGAAAUCAGAAAGAAGGACUUAUCCAAAAUGACUGUGCCUAAUUUCGGUAGAACUCAGUCAAGUGACUCAGCAUAUGUGUGAAGCGAUUUCUAUACAAUAGUCAUCACAUACAUUCUCUUUCAAUAAAACAAAAAGGAUGGAU